UUGCCUUUCAGUUUUGCAUAAAAUGACCGAAUACUUUCGUUGUGUCCCUGUCUCAUUUGAAGGAGUUCUGCUCUUCUUACGCUAGUGGCUACUGGGAUAACGGCCAGUUUUUUCAUUGCUUUUAGAAAUGCCUCAUCGUUUUCAUUAAUUAUCAUGGGAUUUUCUUUCAGGAGUUGAUUUCCAAGGUCGUUCUCACAGCACUGAAACAGCUGUGCUGUCAUCUCUUCUUGUCUGAUGUCUGUACAUCUCUUAAACAAUGUCCAGCGACUAGUAAAGUUUGUCCACUCUUCUUCUGAGAUAUCCUGACCAAAGUGGGGGCGAUCCAUUUUAGGUGCCUUGUGUUUUGAGAAGGCUGAAUGAAUGUCAAUCGAUUUUGGAGGAUGGUGAAGCUGGUGACUGUUGAAUAAUGCAAUUGCAAUUGCUUCGCUGGGACCUUCAGUGACGACAUUGCAUCCUGGGGCCUGGCAAGAAACUUCAAAAUGGAACAAUAUAAUCCACAUCCAAAGAAAGAUAAUAACAUUCUUUAUAGCCAAGAGUUUAGAUUAAAUUUUAGUGAAAGCAUCGGAGUAAAUUGGAAAACACUUGGUCGUAGAUUAAAUAUUGAAGACAAUUAUUUAGAUAUGAUUGAUCAAGAUAAUGAUAAUAAAACCAAUGAAAAAGCUUAUUCAAUGUUAACUUCAUGGAUCCAAAUGAAUAAAAAUCCAACACUUGAGGAGUUAAAAACAGCUUUGAACAACAUGAAGAGAUUUGAUCUUAUAAGAAAAAUUGACGAAUUUAUAAAAACUUCAAAUUUACCAGAGAAUUCUACCAAAUAUUCUGCCAGCAAAGAUAUAUCUGAGGUAUGCACAGCACUCAAAAGUCAUUAUCUUACAAAUUAUGGAAAAAUCAAUGAAAUUCAACCACCAUUGAAAUUACCUGCAAAUGUUGAUCUAAUGCAUAAAUUUGUUGAUCUAUGUAUUGUUGAUGCUGUUACUACUCAAACAGAUGCUGUUUAUAGAGUUGAACGAAAGAAAUUUCUUGAAAAGCAAUUGUGUUAUACACCGAUUCCAUAUAGUGAAAUAUUUAUGAAAGAAAAAUCUGUAACAUUAAUAUCUGGAAUAGCUGGUAUUGGGAAAACAUGGUUGCUUAGAAAAUGUUUGCUUGAUUGGUCAAAUGAUUUAAUUUGGAAAAAUGUCAAGCUUGUGUUUUAUUUUGAAUGCAGAAGGCUUAAUCAAUAUCAAAAUAUUUCUAAUAUUAAUGAAUUACUAAAUUUUUUCUACAAAGAUAUUAUAAAUGAUUUUAGUAUUAGUAACCAUCCUGCACUGUUUAUAAUUGAUGGAUUAGAUGAGUUUAAAUAUUUAAAUGAAUUAAUAAGUCACAGUUCGAGUUAUAAUUAUCCGAUUGUUAAUGCUUUAACAGAAAUUCAAAAAUACAAAUAUGUAAUUGCUGGUAGAGUUUAUGCAAUUGAUCAAUACCAAAGUAUAUCUACAGAGCAUAGUGAUAAGUUAACCAUUCAAAUAAUGGGUUUUAAUGAAAAUGGAAUAAAUAAUUACAUAGAAAAUAAUGUUUUAGAAGAAAGAAAAGUUGUAGUGAAAGCAACAUUAAAAGAAUCUCCGAUUGCAAAAGCCAUGUCAUCUGUUCCAUUUUAUUUGUCUUCCAUGUGUAAGAUUAUUAGUGACUCAAAAAAUGUAGAUAAAAAUUCUUUUUUAACAAUGACAGAUUUGUAUGCAAAUAUUUUUUUAUACUUUUUGCAAAAACACAUCAUCAAAAGCAAUGAAUUGAUUUAUCAGAUCAUGGAAAACGACUCCAAUAAAAAAUAUGUUUUAAAUAUUUGUAAAAUUGCAUAUCAAUUGUUUGUUGAAAAUAAAGUAAUUUUUUCCAAAGAAGAUAUAAAAACUUUUAUCAAUGAUUUUGAUGAAAGUAAAGACAAUUUUUUUGGAUUUAUAGAAAGGAUUGAAACAAAUCUAGGUUAUUAUUAUCAAUUUGCACAUCUAACAAUAAUGGAGUUUUGUGUAUCUGUAUAUGCAUAUAAUUGUUUAAGUAGUGAAGAGAUUAUAGCUGAUAAAAGGUUGAUGAGUUGUUUGUCAAUGAUUUGUGGAUUAACCAAUGAAAGUCAAAAUAGUUUAUUAAAGUUUCUUGUUAACCUGAAUCCCUCAAAACAUUUUUCUGAAGAAUCUUUAGAUUGUCUACUUAAAUUAUCUCGUCAAAGUCACGAUAAAAAAAAUUAUCAUUUUGAAACUUAUUACGUUAAUUUAUUCAUUGAAUGUUUUUAUGAAAGUCAAUCAUCAUUAACUGAUGAAAUAAAAUUAAUCGUCGAUGAACGAGAGUGGAAGAUUUCGAUUAACAAUGGAAAAACUUCUUACGAAACUUCUUGUGAAAAUUAUUUCGUAAAUCAUUACAUUAAAUCUGGAAGAAAGUUAUCGAGGUUACGUGUUGAUAAAAAUAUUUUAAGUGAUGAAGAAAAAAAUCUUAUAAUUCAAUGUUCAACAAAUGUUCGCAAUGUCGACUUUUUUUGUCCAAUAAAAUUAGAAGGAUUGAAACCGAAAGAUAAGAUUGAAAAGUUGUUCAUAAACAUCUCACGUUAUUUAAUAACGAAAAAAGAUUUUGAAGAAAAUUUUCUUCCGUGGAUUAAUCUUUGUGAACAAAAAAAUUUUCUUUUACUUCACGACGACAUCGAUUUCAUUGAAGAGAUUUGUGAAUGGAUUCGUUGUUCGAAUGUCAAGUGGUUGUGGAUCAAGUACCGUGAAAAAUAUAUUCAUAACCUCGAUGAAUUAAAAAACUUUAUAACUCCAAAAAAUAAACACAAAACACGAAAAAAAUGUUUAAUAUUUUAAAUAAAAUUGAAACAAUAAUAAAUUAUAAAUGAAA